UAAAACAAACUUGCCUAUCUAAUUAAACAAAUAAAUGGAAAAUCAAGAACCAAAAAAAGAAAUAAUAAUAAUCUUGAUCAAACUGUGAAUCGAAAAUUCAAAGUUGUCGAGCUAUUGAUUCAAACUUAAUUUAAUAAUUCCAUUUUCUCUUUGGGUCUCUAUCAAUUCUACCAACAGUUACUAAAAAUGGAAACUAAAUUAUUGAACUUUCACACUAUAAGUGCGUGUUAGUGUGUGUAAAUUCUUAAAUCUUGAUUCUUUGGAGAAGAUGAUGAUGCAGAGAUACAAGGUUGUUUUUUGGGUUAUUACAUUUAGUUGUUUUGGGUUGUUCAAAUUGUCCGAAACCCAGGUGCCACAAGAAGAAGUGGAUGCUCUCCAACAAAUUGCAACUGAAAUGGGUGCAAAGUACUGGAAAUUCAACGGCGGUUUAUGCGAAGUCGAAUCGGUCGGAGUUUCGGCGGCUCCUCCGAGUGGCUCCGAGGGUUAUGUCGAAUGCAACUGCAAUUAUAACAACAACACUAUUUGUCAUGUUACAAAAAUUGUGCUUAAAGGUUACAAUCUUCCCGGAAUUCUUUCAGCUAAUUUCGUGAAGCUUCGUUACCUUCAAGAAAUUGAUUUUGCUUACAACUUCCUUAGCGGUGCAAUUCCAAUACAAUGGGCUUCGUUGCAAUUAACUUCUAUUUCUGUUCUUGUUAACCGUUUAUCGGGGGAAAUACCAUCGGAGUUGGGGAAUAUAACUAGCCUCACAUAUUUGAACCUUGAAGCAAACAAUUUUUCAGGGAAUAUUCCUUCCGACGUUGGCAAGUUGAUAAACUUGAAAACUAUGAUAUUGUCGUCCAACCGAUUGACGGGGCAAUUGCCAAUGUCGUUCUCGCAACUAGUAAAUUUAAACGAUUUUAGAAUAAAUGACAACAAUUUAAGUGGACGAAUACCCGACUUUAUACAAAACUGGAAACAACUUGACAGAUUAGAAAUGCAAGCUAGUGGAAUGGAAGGGCCGAUUCCAUUAAACAUAUCUCUUCUGAACGUAUUAACCGACUUGAGACUUAGUGAUUUACGAGGGCCGCUUCAAGAAUUUCCUCUGCUAAGGAGCAUUACAGGCUUAACAACGUUGAUUUUGAGAAAUUGCAAUAUUUCCGGAGAAAUCCCGGCUUAUAUUUGGAGAUUUAGAGUUCUGCAAAUGCUGGAUGUAAGUUUCAACGAGUUAAUCGGAGAAAUUCCGGAUGGAAUUGCACGAAAUCUGAAAACUGUGUUUGUUACUGCAAACAUGCUGAGUGGAGAUAUUCCCGACACAAUCUUGAAAGACGGAAGCAACAUUGAUCUUUCCUACAAUAAUUUUACUUGGCAAGGCCCUGACGAAGCUGCUUGUCUGCCGAACACGUUCGUGAACCAAAACAUCAACUUAUUUAACGGCUCGUCGAAUGGGAACACAUUACAAAGAAUCCUCCCAUGUUCGAGAAAUGUAGCUUGUCCGAAAUAUAAAUGCUCGUUACAUGUUAAUUGCGGUGGAGCUGAUGUGGAAAUUGAAGAGAGCAAAAGAAGAGUUAUUUACGAAGGAGACACCGGAGAUAAUCCGGCAAAAUAUUUAAGUAAUAAUUAUUGGGGAUUUAUUAGCACCGGAGAUUUCUUAGACGAGCCUAAUUACCAAAAUACCCAUCAAAUAAGACCUACAACGACCACAAAUCUCUCCGAAUUGUACACCUCGGCACGCAUUAGUCCGCUUUCGCUUACGUACUUCCAUUACUGCCUCGAGGAUGGAAAUUACAAUAUCGCCCUCCAUUUUGCUGAAAUACUUUUUACGAACGACGAAACUUAUUCUAGCCUUGGAAGGAGGAUGUUCGAUAUAUACAUUCAGGAAAUUUUAGUUUCGAAAGAUUUUAACAUCGAAAACGAGGCUGGUGGAAGUGGAAGGCCCGUGAUUAAGUAUUUUAACGCAACGGUGCGGGAUAAUAAUAUAUUGGAGAUUCGAUUUUAUUGGGCUAGUAAAGGGACUACGCGAAUUCCGAACCGAGGAGAUUAUGGUUCUCUUAUAUCAGCUAUUUCAGUCAAUCCAAAUUUUAAGGUUUGUUCCGAUGGCAACGAGAAAAAUAUAACGGCUUAUAUAGUAGGUGCAGUAGUUAUAGUAUGUAUUAUUUUCUUGAUAUUGGGAAUCCUUUGGUGGAAAGGAUUAUUACAAGGCAAAAAGAAAAUAAGAAAAGGUUUCGAAGGUGUAGAAUUGCAGACAAUUGCAUUUUCUUUGAAACAAAUUAAAAUCGCUACUAACGACUUUGAUGCUUCGAAUAAGAUCGGAGAAGGAGGUUUCGGUCCUGUAUACAAGGGUUUAUUACCCGACCGGACUGUAAUUGCGGUUAAAAAGCUCUCGUCUGGAUCGAGACAAGGAAAUCGCGAAUUUCUAAAUGAAAUCGGAAUGAUUUCUUGUGUGCAACACCCGAAUCUUGUGAAGCUAUACGGGUGUUGUAUCGAAGGAGAUCAAUUGCUGCUCGUGUACGAGUAUAUGGAAAACAAUAGCCUCGCCAAUGUUUUAUUUGAUUCGAAUAAAAGCCAGUUGAUUUUAGACUGGGCGACGAGGUUCAAGAUUUGUAUCGGAAUUGCAAGAGGAUUAGCUUAUCUUCACGAGGAAUCGAGGCUGAAAAUCGUACAUCGAGACAUUAAAGCUACCAAUGUGCUGCUCGAUAAAGAUCUAAACCCUAAAAUAUCGGAUUUCGGAUUGGCUAGGCUUAAUGAAGACGAGAAGACACACAUUAGCACCAAAGUUGCUGGAACAAUAGGAUAUAUGGCACCUGAAUACGCGCUAUGGGGUUAUCUGACAGACAAAGUCGACGUGUACAGUUACGGAGUCGUGCUUUUGGAAAUCGUAAGUGGGAAAAGCAACAAUAGUUACAUGCCUAGUGACAGUUUCAUCUGCCUACUCGAUUGGGCGAGUCAUUUGCAAGAAAGUAAAAAAGUCGAUGAACUAAUCGACGAGAGAUUAAUGGGUACGGAAAUCGACAAAGACGAAGUAGAAAGAAUGGUUAGAGUGGCAUUGCUUUGUACUAACGCCACUCCGUCGAUUAGGCCAACAAUGUCUGAGGUUGUGCUAAUGAUCGAAGGGAAUAUGGAUAUUCCGAAUAAUAAUGCAGUGUCUGAAGGAAGUAGUGAUGUCAGAUUUAAGGCCAUUAAAGAGUUCCAACGAGAGAGGCGAAGUCAAAGUACUUCGUCUCGAGGUCGAAUCGAGAAGUCAACGGUAUUAGUACCUGGAGAUGUUGGUUUUUCUUCGUUUGCUUCUGAUAUUUAUGAAAGCACUAGUGAUAGUGUGGUAUAACUUAUAACUAGUUGUGAAUGGGUCAUGAUAUUGUAUUACAUUCUUUUAUGGGAAAAAUGCAGUUUUUGUCCCUCAAA